CCUCGUGAGCUGCCUUUUCUCGACAGAGUACACACGUCUGCCGAGGUUCUUUUGUCAACAAACAAACAAGAUGUCUGACAGCAAGAUUCCCGAGACGUCCAAGUGUCCAGUGGUGUUCCUGGGCAAGACGGGGUUAAAGGUCUCCAAUAUCUGCCUCGGGGCAUUGACCUUUGGAAAAUCAGUUUACAGCCCAUUUCAAGGAAACAUAGACGAGGAAGAGUCUUACAGACUAAUGGACAGGUUCUCGACCUGGGGAGGGAACUUUGUAGACACGGCGGAUGUGUAUGGUCCUAGGAUGUCUGAGACGAUCGUGGGAAAUUGGCUUCAAAAACAUGACCGGGAGAUGUUUGUCAUCGCCACCAAGGUUGGUUUUCCAGUGGACCCCUCCGACCCCAACGAGGUGGGACUCAGCCGCCGACACAUCACACGUGCCGUGGAGGAGAGUCUGGGCCGUCUACAGACAGACUUCAUCGACCUUUACCAGACUCACCUGUGGGACAACGCCGUGCCCAUGGAGGAGACGUUGCGGACUUUAGACGACCUGGUGAGGUGUGGCAAGGUGCGCUACCUGGGGGCCAGCAACCUGUCGGGGUGGCAGCUACAGAAGUGGAUUCAGGUGCAGGAAAAGCUGGGACUGGAACCUGUCGUCGCUCUGCAGCAACACUACAGUCUCAAGGAGCGAGCUUCUGAGUGGGAGGCCUUCCAGGUGUGCAAGGGCAACGGUCUCGGAGUGUUGCCAUGGAGUCCACUCAACGGAGGACUGUUGGCCGGUAAGGUCAGCCAAGAUAAGCCCCCUGAGGCCGGUCGUUUGGCCAUAGCCGUCCAGAAAGACCUUAACGCAGAACCAGCGCCAAACUGGAACAAACUGCGAGACAAGAAGCAGGUCUGGAACAUUCUAGAUGUCUCCAAAAGCAUCGCACAGAACCACGGUAAGACUCAGGCCCAGGUGGCCAUUCGCUGGCUUCUGCAGAAGGACAUCGUGGCUUCCGUCAUCAUCGGCGCGCGCACCCUACAACAGCUGGAUGACAACAUGGGCGCCGCCAACGGCUGGACACUGACACCGGAAGAGAUGACAGAGCUGGACAAGGUGUCGCAGCCCGACAAGCCCUACCCCUACAGCAUGGCCGACAUGUUCAUGGGGGAUCGGGUCAACCCCUUCAACCCUCCGUGUAACCUCUGAAUAGUCAGAUGUCUCAUACGUUGCAACAUGUGGUUUGUUGCUAGCCUCUGUCAGUUAUUAUUACACUAAUACAUACAGUUUUGUUAAAUUAAAUUUGCUGUCGAUUACUUUUGUGAUGAUUGUGAUUACACUAAAUUUAUAUUUGGUGAUUUUCCUGAAAACGACGAUGCAAAGACUGUCUACAGUUCAUUUUCUUUCCACAAGUCACGAGGACCUCUCACCUGGCGUCUUGCUUUGUUGUAGGGAGAUUUUUGUUGAUUGGGCUCCAAUAUAUUUUGAAAUACAACAUGUAAAUAAAUUACACGAUCGUCUCUUCUCUCAUUUCUCUUUCAAGUCUCUACUUUAUCGAACACUCACUUCCUCUUCCUCUUUCCAUUAAAUGGAUGUUUAGUUUCUUUCCAGUAUACAUCAAAUGUCAGAAAUGUGUAAACGCACCCUGACGAUACUUAUUUCUUUAGACUUAAGUCCAGAUA